AUGUUUCUCAUAGUUGUGGGUGCGUACUCGAAAUGGCCGGAAGUCUUUGAGAUGAGGAGUACCUCAAGUAAUGCGACAAUUAACACCUUACGGACCUUAUUCGCACGACAGGGGAUACCUGCAGAAAUAGUGUCCGACAAUGGACCUCAGUUCCGUUCGGAGGAAUUCCGUCAAUUUAUGGAGUCGAAUGCCAUCAGACAUAUAACCUCUUCUCCGUUCCACCCGCGCACAAAUGGCCAAGCUGAGAGGUUCGUUCAGUCCUUUAAAAAGGCAAUCAAAUCUGCAUCAGGAGAUUCUGCGUGCAUAAACAAGAAACUGAACUCAUUCCUAUGUAAAUACAGAAUCACUCCACAAGGAACUACGAAUGAGUCACCAUCCAUUCUGUUGUAUGGCCGAAAUAUCCGUACUAGGCUUGACAUUAUGAAACCGGAUCUAGCCACUACAGUAUUGCACAAACAAUACGGUUCUACAGCAAAACACUGCGGAGAUGCGAUUCGAGAAUUCUCAGAUGUGGACUCGGUGGAUGUUAACGGAACUCUAUGGAGAAGACACAUUGACCAGAUCGUCCGUACGUCCAAGGACCAACACGCAUAUCCAACUCCGGUGGAUAUUCCGUUUGUGCCAUCCAUGAAAGCUCCCUGCACCACCGACAAAACUCAGGAAAGCUUGAAGGACGCAGAACCUAGUACACCCAUACCAGAGCCACGCCGAAAUCCGCCGCGAACUCGUAACAAACCGAACAAACUUAAUUUGUGA